UACUGUUGUUCCUCUCUCUAUCCCCUUCAGCAUAUUUUUGCUACCUGUGAUUGCAUAAAGCUCAUUUGCUCCCUGUAGGCCCACAAAGUCGCUUUCAAAGAGCAAGUUAUACCCCUCAUCGCCGAACAAACUGGAAAUAACCUUGUCCACUCCCUUGGUUAUCAGCGAGAAGUCUAUAUACCCUGGAGAUUACUGCAAACAUAUUAGCAGAUAUUUAUUCUAGAAGAGCAUGAAUUUCAACUUUGCAGAGUUCGAUACCGUCGACCACCGUUUCAUAACACCGAAGUACCCUGCAUUAGCAAAAUGCUGCGGAUGUAUCCAUCUCAGAGCUGGUGGAGCAGUAGCAUGUAUAGUGUGGGCGGUAAGUAGCUUUUACUUUGCUAUUCUAGCUUUCAUGAGCGAGAGUCCAUUUUUUUCAUAUUUUGAUAGCACUCCAUUGAUGAUCUUUGGAGCUCUCAAUCUUAUAUUUGCCCUAGUUGCACUUGCUGGCGUAGUCGUCUUUUUUCUCAAACAUGCAUGGUCUAUCCGUAACCUGUCACACGCCGUAUGGUGUUGCAUCUUCAUCGUGUUGGUUGAUAUGAUUGUGAACGUCAUCCUGUUCAUCAUUGACCGCUCCGGCUACAAUGUUGCUUGCGUAAAUGAUGCAGCUAACCGGAUGGGAAGAUCAGUUCAGGCCGCUUUUCCCAAUGGAACCUCAGUCAACUUGAACUUCACCUCUAGCUCCGACUUUUAUAAUUGUGACAAAAUGUGGCAAGAUGAAUUGAAAUUUAGCAUUUUGAGUGUCAUCGUUAUAUUUGUUCUUUAUGUUUACUGGGCUGCGUGCAUAUGGUCUUAUAGUCACAAGCAACUGCUGAUGAGGCAGAGAGUCAUGGCUAUGGAGAAUGCUGCUGUUGUCGCUCAACAGGGACCAUCACCUCAAGGAAUGCCUGAAUUUGCUCCUCCACAAGCACCACCUCCUCCUCCGCAGGGCCCAGUUGGACCUGGACCUAUGGGACCACCUAUGGGACCAGGAGGUCCGAUGGGACCAGGUGGUCCUGGCAUAAUUCAGGUUCCAUCUAUGGGUGGUGCUCCAGGUCGGGGUAAUAUUAUUGUGCUGAACAACGAAAAGCCAUCCAAAAAAGAAAAAACCUACAGUAUGAAGAAUCUUUCAUCCCGUUCGCUUAACUCUUUUAACGACCCACCAUCUCGGCGAGAUAGUGGAUUCAUCACCGACAACAAAAAACCUUUUUUCGGCUUCAAGAUUGGAGCGGACGGUCAAGUCAUUGAGCUGGAUGAAAAAGAUGUUGAUAUGGAACUUGGCUACGCUGCAAGUAUGGCUACAUCUCCCGUUUCUGAUCGUCCUAGAUCACGCCCUUCCUCCUCAAGGCCAGGAUCAGCCAACUUUUCGACUGACGAUUUGACUCUGGUAGAUGGUAGAAGCAGCAGGGCUGAAAAUUCCAGACGGACUGUAAGAAAGCCCAUAAGCGAAGAUGAUUAUCCGGAGUAUCGACAUUCCCGAGACUUCGACGAAGAUGAUGACGAAUCUCUGCGCUGAAAGUAGCGCUGGACAAGCUAUAAUUAACGUUGUUCAAUCAAACACAAUGGCUACUUAAAAUGGCUCGAACCAGUAAUAAGCCUUGCUAAUUCUUUAGUAUAUAUACACGAACAAAAAAAAGAAAAAGAAAAAGUCCACACCCAAAAUACCAUCUUUGCAUACCCUACCUUU